AUGAACGACUUCACUCGACUUCGUGAGAGUAUACCACACGGUGAGGUUUUACUUCCUGGAGAUGCAGGCUACGAGGAGAAAUUGCAGCGAUGGAGCGCAGCUUGUGUGAAGAGAGCGGCAAUUGUUGUCAUGCCAUCGAACCCCCAAGAGGUGUCUUCUGCAAUCACAUUCGCUGUCUCCCAAAACAUAGCCAUGGCCGUUUGUGGUGGCGGGCAUUCUUCCAGCGGUGCCUCUUCAACCGAAGGCAUAGUCAUCGAUUUAAGGAAAAUGCGGAAGGUUGUAGUUGACACGGAAACUCUAUCAGUUGAAUUCGAAGGAGGAUGCCUCUGGGAAGAUGUCGACACUGCCCUUGAACGACAUGGCCUAGCGACAGUUGGAGGUGUUGUGAAUCACACAGGGGUUGGGGGGCUGACAUUAGGUGGAGGGCAUGGCUUUCUAACCCCCCGUUACGGCCUAACUAUUGACAACUUGUUGAAGGCAGAAGUUGUUCUAGCGAACGGAGAGAUAGUCGAAGUAUCUGAAGACGCAAACCAGGAUCUAUUUUGGGCUAUCCGAGGUGCCGGUGCACAGUUCGGGGUAGUUACCCGCUUUGUAUCCCGAGCCCAUCGACAAGGCAAGGUCUGGAGUGGCACGUUGGCAUACUCGGCAGACAAGCUCCCUGGUUUACUCCAGUUUGCAAACAAGGUGUUUGGAAGGUCUAAUCCUGAAGGGCAUUGCCUCACCUUGGGGAUUGGCUUUGGGCCAGAUGGGACGACUCGUGCUGUAUCUGUCAUUCCGUUAUUCCAUGGCCCGGACGUGGAAGCUAGAAAAUACUUCUCUGGUCUUCUUGUGCUAGAUUCUAUCGCUAACGAGACGGGGAUGAUGACAACAGCGAAAACGAACACCCUUUUGAACUCCGUCAUGGACCACGGUGUUCGAAGAUUGAUGGGGUCAGGUAACAUCACGAUGCCUCUUGACACUGAACCGAUGCUACAAACCGCAGACAUGUUCUGGAAGUUCUGCGAACAGCACGAUGGAAUGGGCAAGUCCGUCCUUGCUAUAGAGUUUUUCUCCACAGAUAAGAUUCGCGAGGUCGCUCAAGAGGCAACAGCCUACGCCAACCGAGGAGACUACUACGAUGCCUUGACAUCGUUUGCAUGGGAGGAUCCGAGUCACGAUGAUGAGAUUCGGCAAUUCAACAGGCGUAUUUGCAAGCGUAUUCGAGAGACGAACGGCCACCAAAAGGCCGCAGGUAGUCAUUGGAGCCAAGGGCCGGUUGGCGUGUACAUCAACAUCGAGGCAGACAGCAUCUCGCCCCAAGAUGCCUGGGGAGCCAAUUUGCCCCGUCUGAGGGAGCUGAAGAAGAAGUAUGAUCCUCAAAAUGUGUUUGAUAAGUGGCAUGGCAUCGCCGAGGGUGCAGCUGAGCCUGCAUCAUGA